AUGAAUAGAAGAUAUAAUAGAGGGGGGCCCCCAGAGGCCUCAGGGGGCCCCUGGGAGGAGGAGAGGCCCCGCCUACGUGAUGGGCAGCCACUACGAGAUGUCGCCAGACGUACAGUUUUAGUUAUGGGCCCAGGAGGACGAAGAGGGGGCCCUAUGACUUCACCUGUAACUCUUGAGCCCUCAUCAGGGUAUUCAGAGAGGCCCCAUGGGGGUUCACCCUUAUUGACGGCAAGGCAGGGGCCCCCCCCCUCUGAAUCGGCUGCAUCGGGGGGCCCCCAUGGGGUUGUUACCCAGGGGGCCCCUCAAGGGGGCCCCCAGGGGGCCCCUGGGGGUACAAGGAAGCUAUCUUAUGUGGCACUUAGCGACAUCAUAAGACAGCAAAAUCUUAAAGGCAAACUGCAUGGGCAGCACCAGCUGCAGCAGCAAGAACUUUCUCCCUCGCCACCGAGACCGCAGCAGCAGCAGCAGCAGCGGCAAGACGCUUUGCCGCCUUCGCAGCAGCAGCAGCAGCAGCAACGACAGCAGGAUCCGCAGCAGCAGGGUUCCGCUCGCAAUGCUUUAUUCGGAUCUGAGAGGGCCCCCCCACACGGAAGGGUACAGUCGGGGUCCCUGGGGGGCCCCCUUCCCCUGGGUGAGCAUCGCCGCGUUAGGGAUAUGACUGGGGGGGGGGCCCCAGCUACAGAGGGUGGGGGGGGCCGCCCACGGGGCCCCCGUAGCGGUGUGGAGGGGCCCCCCCAGGACAACCCUCGUAUACCCCAUUUGCGUGAGAGGCCCUCUUGCUCUCCAGGGCCCUUUAGGGGCCCCUCUUUAGAUAGAAACAGCGAUAGAGAUCUCCGGAGGCAGAGAGGGGGAGCCCGUACAGCAGAGCUCAGGGCCCCCAGAGGCAGCCCCCGAGGCCCCGAAGAACCAUACAAUGCAGAUGACUCUCCCCACAUGGGGGCCCCCAGGGGUUGUUACCCAGAGUGGCGAGAAGGAGAGAGGGGGGCCCCCCGUGCAAGGGGUAGGGGUAGGCUUUCUCCUGAGCCCGAGGUGGGGGGCCCCGAGGGGCCCCCCUCCUCCUCUGGCUGGGAUAGGUGGGCGUCGAGGAAGAGAGCGGCUUCUCCUGCUGAAGAUAUUAAGAAGGGAGUGCAUGCAAGACAGCCCUACAGCAAUAGAUCUCCCCCAGCUCGCCAUCGUAGAGGGGAGCCUUGGGGGCCCCGUACUUCAGAGGAGAGGGGCCCCUCAGGUUUUUCUUCUCGAGGUCGAGGAGCUAGAGAGGGGGGCCCCCGUCAUUCUGGAGGUGGAGGUCAUGGGGCCCAUGGGGGGGCCCUAGAGGGCCGUACUACUCGGUACAGACACCGCAGCAGCAGCCAGGAGUCAGAGGGGGAGUGGGGGCCCUCUAAGGGUAGGAACCCUUUACCUAAGGACGCCCCUUACAGCCCCCGCAGACAAGCACGCAGCGAUUGGGAGCCCAGAGGAGGUGAGAAGAUUUCUUAUGAACGAAGGCGGCGGGGCAGCCGCUGCAGCGAGCUGUCUGCAUCUCCUGUAUACGAGGAGCCCCGCAGCAGGGGGCCCCAAGGGGGCCGGGGGGCCCCCUUAGGGGGGGCCCCCAGAGAUGCCUCAGGGGCCCCCAGAGGCCCUUCUGGAGCCUCUAGGGAAACCCACAGGCGAGCUCCAGCAGGGGAGUCUCUCAGCCCCCCAAGGGAAGACUGGAGGGCCCGGGGCCCCGAGCAGGGGAGGCAUGCUACUCGCAGCCGCAGCAGAAGCCGCAGCAGCAGCAGGCCAGGGCGUAUGCACCACAGGAGGCUGCGGGCGAACAGCCCGGGCAGCAGAAGCAGCAGCAGACGAAGCAGCAGCCGCAGACGCGAGGAGGGGAGGCCCCCCCAAACACGAGAACGAGAUCUAGACAGAGAAGGGGCCCCCCGCUUCCGCAGCGGCAGCAGAAGCAGCAGCAGGCGCAGCAGGCGUAGCAGCAGCAGAGCUCGCAAAGCCAGACACAGUAUCAGCCCCAACUACUGGGAUCGUCAGAGGCGAUCCCCUGCGUCGAGGCAUUCGCCUUCUCAGGGGGGCCCCUGGAGAGGGUCUCCGGGGCCCCACAGGGGUAGCCUUUCCCCAGCAGAGGGGGAGGCCCCUCUAGAAGAUGAGAGAGAGAGGUGGAAGCACCGCAGAGAACAGCUGCAACGGCGGCUGAGAGGCGCAGCAAACGGAACGCCUGCUGCUGCACCAGUUGCUGCCGCAGCAGCAGCCGGAGCAGCAGCAGCAACAGGGCCUGCAGCAACAGAAGCGCCUUCACCCGCGGUACCAAUGGGGACCCCAGGGGUGGGGGGUCUUGAUUGGCAGCAGCAGCAGCAGCAGCAACAGCAGCAGCAGCAGAUGCAAAUGCAAAUGGGGUACGGGUGGGCCCCAGCCAGCUCCCCCUUCUCUCACCCUGUUCAUCAGCACCCUCACUUGAGGGCCCCAGAGGGUUUCUACAGUGCUCAAGGGCCGACGGUAAGAGCGAAGAGGGGGCCCCCAGAGGGGCCCCACGGCAACCCGUACACCCCACAAGGGUCACCGCAUGCGUACGCACCUCAAGGGGCCCCCAACUACUACCCUCAAGGGCCCCCAGCUGCAGGCUGGCAGCAGCAGCAGCCGCCGCCCCCGCAGCAGCAGUACAGCGCCAACACCUGGGGGCCCCCCCCGAGGGGUGAAGGGUUUCUCUCCGCCGGCUGGACCCAGACGGCUCCUUACGGGAGGCCCCGGGGCCCUCCAGAUGAGUGUGCGCAGCACCAGCAGCACCCCCACCCCCACCCGCAGCAGCCUCCGCCGCAGCUGCAGCAGCAGCAGCAGCAGCGAGCAAUUGAAUCCCCAGGGAGUGCUGGAGUGCCUCCUCCACCUGGGGAGACACCCGGGGCGGGGGCCCCUCUUGGCUCAGGCAGUCAAGGGUCUCAUCAUUCUGCUGAUAUGUCUCCUGGGGCCCCUGUGGGGCCCCCGCCUCGCGCAUGCAGAGACUUUCUUGUUGGUGGGCGGUGCCCCCGGGGCCCCUCUUGCUUGGAUUUGCAUAUUCCUCCUCAAGCCUAUCACAAGUUUAACCCGCACUCAUUACUUUUGCUGGGGGCCUUCAUGUCUGAGGCCCCCGAGCUGCGCCGUCGUUUUGCUGCUGAUGUGGGUAUUAAGCAGCAGCAGCAGCAGCAGCAGGAGCAGCAGCAGAGGAUCUAUGAUCAACAGCAGCAACAAACGAGGGAUAUGCAGAGACACCCGAUGCUUCCUGGUGGCCCCCCUCAGGCUGGGUUAAGGGGAGGCGUGGUGGGGGCCCCUCCCCCUAACCCGCCAAUGGGGCCCCCUGGUGCCCAUCACGUCUUUGGGGGCCCCCCUCCAUUUGCAGCUGCUCAUAGACCUGCAGGUGCUCCUAUUGUUCGCACUUAUCCGGGUGUACAGGGAGAUGGGGGCCGGGACAUGCAGCAAUACCCUCCUCCUGUCUUUGGCGCCCCUAUGCACGAUGGAGCGGGGCCCCCAUUCGGGCCCCCUCCUGCUUCUUGUAUAGACAGUGGGUGUGGACCUGCGGGGCCCUUGAGGGGAAGACGGCAUGUGGCUCCGGGGGGCCCCCAUGCUGAGGGGGGGCCCCCCUUCAUCUUGCGCACCCCGAGACCCAUGCCGGGGCCCCCCAUGCAGGGGCCCCCUGGAGAGGUUCCGGGGCCCCCUCCUCCUCCGAACCCAGUAGGAGGCCUCUGCGGUGUCUGGUAUGGCCAGGGGCCCCAGGGGCCCCCACCUCCACCCUUCAGGCAUCAAGGUAUGGCGGCGCCUGGGGCCCCCGGGGGCGCGCUUGCUGCUGCUGCACUGAAGAAGAGGAAGGUUUCGGGGAAUAAGGCAAAGGCAAAGAAGCAGAGGAAGCAGCAACAGAUGCAUCAGCAGCAGCUGCUGCAGCAGCAAGACCGAGCAGAGAAUGAGGACUUCUCUGGGCUUGGUGAAGGAGAAUCUGCUGCUGCGCCUGGGGAGCAGCAGCAACAGCAGCUGCAGCAUCCGGAGUUGGGGAGCGCUGAUCAGCAGGAGCUGCAACAGCAGCAGCAAGACGAGGAGCAGCAUGAGGAGGAUGAGCACAAGCAUUCGCAGCAGCAGGACCAAGAGCAGCAGCAGGAGCAGCAGCAGGAAGAAGGUGAGGGUGCUGCUGCUUCUAGCGACUGGGAGAGGACAGCGGAGCAGCAGGCCGUCAUGGCAGAUUAUUUGUCGUCAAAGACAGCCGAAUUUCUGUCUUCCGAAGCAUACCUCGAGGGCUGGACUAAGAGGGACUUGAUUGAGUACUUCUACGAUCAGUACUUGCAGCAAGACAUGACUGCUGCCGAAGCGCUCGCGUCCGCAACAUCCUAUGUUGAAAACCCCGAGGCAUAUGGCUUGGUAGAGGGAGGGGGAUCUACAGAGGGCGCCCAAGCAGCGGCAGAAGACGCUCAUUACGCUGCAGCAGAAGGAGCGGAAGAUGCAGCGGAAGACGCAGCUCGUGAAGAAGCACGAGCAGCAGCAGCAGAAGAAGCAGGCGCUGCAGAUGCUGCCGGAGCACCAGAAGCUGCUGCUGCUCCUGCAGCAGAUGCUGCAGCUGAUAGGGACGACGACGCCUACAUUGUUUCAUGCCCACCAAACUGCCGUCUUAUGUACGCGCAAGCAGCAGCUGCAGCAGCAGCUGCAGCAGCUGCAGCAGGACAGCAGCAGGGAAGGGCUCUUUCUCUUGUUCAUUGGGGGGGCACACAGCCCCCCAUUUUGUUUCUUGCAUCCCUUAUGGGGAGAAGAAACGCCUACAAACUGCCUUAG